UCUAUUUACUCUCAUAAAUUCUCUCUCUCUCUCUCUCUCUCUCUCUCUCUCAUCUUCAGCUGCAGCUUCAUCUUGUUGCCAUUGACCUCUUCUCUCUUCAGCUGCCGUUGCUUAAUUCUCCAAAGCUCCUUUCAUUGCUAGCUUUUGAAAUCUCUUUAGUGCAAUGCGUGCACCGGCAUUACUUUCACAGUGCUUACCUGGAUUAUUACCUCAUGAUCGUGGAAGCCAUAGCAUAUCCUCCUCCAUUCCUGACAAAGAUGUUCAUCUCCCAGCACCAGCAGUAGAGAUUCUCCCUUCAAAGGCAAUGCUAACUGACAAGGAUGCUGGGGAGAACAUGGACCAGUUUAAGGGUAAAGUCAACGUUGCUGAUAUCAUUGGGUUCAGUGGUUCAGAGGCAAUGUCCGCAAAACCUGAUGGAUAUCUGAAAUCCUGGGACAGUUCCAUCGAUCUUGUUAGUGUUCUAAAGCUUGAGAUUUGUGAUGGGCAGCUAAGCUUCAGAGGGAAAAGAGUACUCGAGCUUGGUUGUAAUUAUGGGGUUUCUGGAAUCUUUGCUUGCUUGAAGGGAGCAUCCAUAGUGCAUUUUCAAGAUCAGAAUGCAGAAACUGUAAGAUGCACAACUAUACCAAAUGUCCUUGCCAAUCUUAAGCAAGCUCGUGACAGGCAGAGUCGACAGCCAGAGCCUCCCCUUACUCCUUCAAGACAAACUCUAGCGCCAUCAGUUAAUUUCUAUGCUGGGGAUUGGGAAGAAGUACCUGCCGUGUUGUCUGUUUUGAAAAAUGACGGAUAUGAAAUAACACCUGGAAUGAGCUUGAGCUUCUCUGAGGAAGAUUUUAUGGAUGGAUGUAGUAGCCAAGAUGGUAGCAUCAUUGGACAAGAAUGUUCCUCAAGACGAUCCAGGAAGCUCUCAGGAAGCCGAGCUUGGGAAAGAGCUAGUGAGGCAGAUCAAGGGGAAGGUGGUUAUGAUGUUAUUUUAUUGACUGAGGCUCCAUACUCUGUUACCUCGUUGAAGAAGCUGUAUGCACUUAUUAAAAAGUGCUUGAGGCCUCCAUAUGGAGUGGUGUAUCUAGCUAUGAAGAAGCACUAUGUUGGCUUCAAUGGUGGAGCACGACAACUGAGAAGCCUUGUAGAUGAGGAGGGUAUUUUUGGAGCACAUUUGGUCAAGGAUUUGACGGACAGAGAUGUAUGGAAGUUCUUUCACAAGUGAACAACAAUUCAAGGCUCAUUGAGAAUACCUACUUAAGGAGAAAGAUAAAAAUGAAAGAGAAUCUAAUUUGACAGUAUACUUUACUUUUGUAAUUCGAACCACAAGCAUUCUUUUGUUUUUUUUAAUAUAUAAUCUUUCCAUUUUUAUUAUAGCUUAGCAAUAAUGGAGGGUCUAAGUCUGAAAGAUUAGUUGAUGUGCAUGCCCUGAUGUAAUUCUUUGCACACUUGAUUGAGAUUCGAUGAGAAAUGGCAUUCACAUAUUAUAAUUGUAAAUCGUACAUUAUAUUGAAGUGAAUAUUCUAUUAUUUUCUUGUGCGUAUAA